AUGCCUCCACCUCGCACAACACUCUCUCUCCUCCAAUUACCUCACACGCCGAGUCUGUCCUGUUCUCCACGCACUAUCCAUGGCAAUCGCUACCACAUUCUCACCCGUUAUCACGGCACGGCCACGCGACCAACACGAUCACAGUACCACCGCAAGCACUCGCAACAUACGACAUAUCUACCCCUGCUACACGCGCACACAAAGUCCUUCUCAACAAGUACAACCGCACGCCGGGAACAAAGUCACUAUGAAAUCCUCGACGUCCCGAUAACGGCCACCCCGGCCGAGAUCAAGAAAAAAUUCUACGACCUCUCCCUCCGCCACCACCCAGACCGCAACCGCACCGACCCAACCGCCAGCCACCGCUUCGCAAAAAUCUCCUCCGCGUACUCGGUGCUCUCCAACGCCCAAAAACGCAGCACCUACGACCGGGACCACGGCUUCCACCACAGCCAUGUCCACCACGCACCCACCUACCCGCACGGCUCGCACAGCAGCCACUCCGUGAAUGUACAUAAAGCCGGCGGCGCGGGGUACGCGGGGUCCAGGCCGGCGAGCGGACUGAGUAACCGCAAGGGAACAUUUCGGGGCCCGCCGCCGAGCUUUUAUGCGCAGGGGGGUUACGGGGACACGGGGAGGAGGGGGGAUGGGUAUGCGGCCGGGAAGACGGGCCCGAGUUCGUUUGGAAGGUCUUCGGGAGCUGAAAGUUCAAGUUCAAAUGCAAGCACGACUGGGAAGCACUACGACCCCGAAGAUCCGAUGGGAUUCAUCGACCGCAACCCGCUCGGUCAUUUCAAUGCACGUGGACACUUCCGCACACAAAAGGCCGAGGAUGAGAGGCGGCGGGAACGGGCGUCGAAGGCUAGGACGGCGGCGAGGGAGGCGGCGGAUUCGUUUAUUGCGGGCGGGGACGUUGGAUUGUUUCGGUUUGUGGUUGUUUGUGGGAUAUUGAUUACUGCGGGUGCUAUGUCGGGGUUGUUCCAGUGGCCUGUUGCCGGGGGUGGUGAGGAUGCAAAUGGGAGGACGGGGAAGAAGAGGAAGGAUGGGGGUUCGGUGUCUGUUUCUUCGUGA